CUCAAGAUGGUUCUCAUGUCGCCCUUGGUUUUGGAAGCGGAAUUAUUGAAGUUGCGGACAUUGACCAUCAACGUACAAUCUCUCGCUUCCAAUGCAAUCCCCCCAAGCCCCCAGUUUGGAUAGAAUUUAUCGGUGGUGGUAAUGUUCAGAUUGCCACCGAGGACACUGAUGGAAAUAUCUCCUUUCUGAGUCAUGGCACUCCCUCGAAAUCAAGAUGAGAAUUGGUACGGAAACGUGGCACUCUUAUGUUUUUCAGGAGAGCCAUCCACCCAGCUUCUUGCAUCUCCUCCUGCUCCUUCCGAUCCACCUCCCUCCAAUCCUCUGUCUCCUUCUGAUCCUCUGUCUCCUUCUGAUCCUCUGUCUCCUUCUGAUCCUCCAUCUCCUUCCGAUCCUCCGUCUCCUCCGUCUCCUUCUGAUCCUCCAUCUCCUUCCGGUCCUCUGUCUCCUUCCAAUUCUCCAUCUCCUUCCGAUUCUUCGUCUCUUUCCGAUCCUCUAUCUCCUUCUGAUCCUCUGUCUCCUUCCGAUUCUCCAUCUCCUUUCAAUCCUCCGUCUCCUUCCAAUUCUCCAUCUCCUUUCGAUUUUCCGUCUCUUUCCGAUCCUCCAUCUCCUUCCGAUCCUCAUUACUAUUUAUCCUCUCCUCCACGUCACACAGCUGGAUUCUCUCCUGGAGACCGAUAUGCAGGUGCUUUCGACAUGAACUGCGCUUUCGUCUGGUCAAUGGACACAUAUGAGGUGAUUGCUCAAUAUCGCGUGCAAGAUUUCAACUUUUGGAUUUUCAAUUCUGGCCAUGUACCUCCUCUCCCAUAUCUCGUUCCUACGCCUGUACUUGGUGACCAUGUCGUUCAUUCGAUUCCAGAAGAGCUUGCGACUCAUGUACAAAGUUCCAAGCCAGAUCCCAGCCAUAGCGCGGAUGAAUCCUGGCUGAAGUGCCCCUUUUAUAACCUCUCGCCAAACGCAGACCUCACAAGUGAAAAGCUCGCUGCGCUCUUUUCCCCAGUGCUAGGGGAGGCCCCAUUAAUUAUCACUGGCGGCCUCGGUAACUUGUGUGCACAGGUCUCGUUUGAUGGAGAAUUCGAACUCAGUGUCCACCCCAAGUACAGCCCAGUCUUUGAAAAUAUAUUCAGCCUAGUCUUUGAAGGCAAACAUCCCUCCAGACCCUGGUAUGGUGAUCAUGUGUUCUGGGAUUGGGGGACAUCUCUUCCAUUUUACCUUCCUCGGGCCAGCAAGGAUGGAACCCGAUUUCUGCUCCAGGGCAAGCUCAGAGCUCCGGUGGUCAUCGAUAUCAGCAAAGUCGUUUAGUGCCCCAAAUGCAUGCCCAUAAUUUCUCUCCUUGACUGUCUUCCAAUUCACAGAGUAUUGAAUCGGGAAUUGUGAUAGUUG